AGGGGCUUAGGGGUGACGUGCUCGCUCGGGGCUGCCGCGGCCCCGGCAGAGGCGCGCGGGCGGGCGGGCGGGCGGGCGAGGCCGGCACCUUGCGCGGCGGGCGGGGGCUGCGAGAGGUCCGGCCGGCCCGGCCCGGCCCGGCCUGUCCCGGACAGCGGCGGCGGUGGCAGCGUCGGGGUGAGUCACUGCUUGGAAAUGGAGUGGGCGGGCGUGCGCGUAGCAGAAUGAAUGAUGUCAGGGACCACCGCAGCGAGCACGAGGCUCGCGGCAAACGCGGCGGUGGCCGCAGCCCCCAACGAGCGCUGCCCCCAGCGCCCCCCGGCCCGGAGCCGUCCUCCAGCGGGAGAGCCCUUCUAGCUGCGGCACUGCUGAGGUAGGAAACCUCUGCGAGAAGUGUCGCCUCCGCCGACGCCCUUAAAGCCGGUCCUUUUCGCCAGGAAGGAGAAGAGGCUGUGGCUGAGAGAGGAGCAAAUUGCAGGGGAAGGUAGAGAUUGUGGCAAACUUUCUAGCUGCUUCUGCGUACUGCUACCUCACUGGUGGGAGUGUCUGCCCAUAAGGAACUGCAGAGCCCGAACCUAAGAGCCCUGAGGCUCCAAAAAAGACUUCCAACCGCCUUUGGAGGAGGAACUGCCAGCAGUGCAAGCUUUUGCACAUACGGCUGAGUAGAUGAUUCAGCUGUAGAAAAAAGAUUUGUCUUCAGAAAUUCCUUUGAAAGCACAAUGGAUGCAUUUUAGAGUUCUACAGAAGUCAUCUAAGAACAAGAACAUUGGACUUUGAGGAAUAACAGAGAGCUCAGAAAUUGGUCACUAAUAAAGCCUCUUUGGCCAUACAGCUUGGAAAUUAAUACCAUUGAGACAGCAAAGCUUGAGGAGCAUAUGGAGGGUCAGCCAAAUGAGACUUCUAAUGGCUACUCACGACCUACUCUCUCAGUCAGUGAAGAGAACAAAAAUGGCACUAGCAAACCAAAGGGCUUGUCAAAUGGCUUGCGAAAAACAGCAAAGAAGUAUCCCGAUUAUAUCCAGAUUGCUAUGCCUGCUGAAUCUAGGAACAUAUUUCCUUUGGAAUGGUGGAAAACAGGCAUUGCCUUUGUCUAUGCUCUCUUCAACUUGAUUUUAACAACUGUCAUGAUCACUGUGGUCCAUGAGAGAGUACCUCCAAAGGAGCUAAGCCCUCCCUUGCCUGACAAAUUUUUUGAUUACAUUGAUCGUGUGGAAUGGGCUUUUUCUGUAUCAGAAAUAAAUGGGAUGAUACUACUUGGAUUAUGGAUAUUCCAGUGGUUGUUUCUUAGAUACAAAUCAAUAGUGGGACGCAGGUUCUUUUUUAUAAUAGGAACUUUGUAUCUGUACCGCUGUAUUACCAUGUAUGUUACCACCUUACCUGUGCCUGGAAUGCAUUUUCAGUGUGCGCCAAAGUUGAACGGAGACUCUCAGGCAAAGGUUCAGAGAAUCCUGCGACUGAUUUCUGGUGGUGGUCUAUCCAUAACUGGAUCACACAUCCUGUGUGGAGACUUCCUGUUUAGUGGACACACUGUAGUAUUAACGCUGGUCUAUUUGUUCAUCAAAGAGUAUUCACCAUGUGACCUCUGGUGGUAUCACUUAAUCUGCUGGCUGAUGAGUGCUGCUGGCAUCAUUUGUAUCCUGGUUGCUCAUGAACACUAUACUGUAGAUGUCAUCAUUGCCUACUAUAUCACCACGCGGCUCUUCUGGUGGUACCACUCAUUGGCUAAUGAAAAGACUUUAAAGGUGUCUUUGCAGACGAAUUUUCUCUCUCGAGCAUGGUGGUAUCCAAUAUUUUAUUUCUUCGAGAAGAAUGUGCAAGGCUCUGUUCCUUGCAGUUUUUCCUGGCCAAUAUCUUGGCCUCCCAGCUGCUUCAAAUCUUCAUGCAAAAAGUAUUCACGGGUUCAGAAGACAGGAGAGGACAAUGAAAAAUCUACCUGAAGAAAAGAAGGAAAGCAUCUGGUCUGUUUUUUUCAUUUUUGAUUUUUUUUUUAACCAAAACAUUUGUAACCAAAGUUCUUCUUAAGAAGACUGUAACUGAGGAAGUGGGCCAAGCUUCUGUGCAAUUGAUGGAAAGACAAUUGUAGACGCAUAUAUUGCAUUUCAGAUGUUUUCCUCUUGUCAGGCUGUUCAGACCUAUUCUACUCUUCAGUGCUAAUGAAAUGCACCACUGAUGGGAUUUUUUUAUUAAAGAAAAAUUGGAGCAGGACUUUGCUUUAUUAAGGAGAUAGAGGUGCCAAAGACCACAGUAACACUUCCGUUACUAUCACUCAUCCACAGAAGCACCCAAAAGUCUCAUCUUCAGAGCUCUGGAGUGCGUAAGGGCAAAAACAUGCUGAAAUGUAAAGGCAUGAUAUUGCUGUAUUGAGGUGUAUAAAAAAAUAACACAAUUGUGGGAAGUGGUUUGUUGCAUUAUUCUUGCUAAUGAAGGUAAGGCCUUUGUGUGACUGGUACAGCUGGAAGCAAGUCUGACUUUUUUACACGCUGCGGGUAUGAAUAUCUUAUGACCUGAAAAUACUACUUAACACUAUUAACUCCCAUGUAUUCUACUAUAUACCAGUUUUUACAUUUUUAUUAAUAAUUUUAUAUUUAAAUAGUUGUGCUACCUGAUGAAUUUGCAAAUUAGAAAUAGCUGCUAACAUCAGAGCUCAAGGAGCCUAAAAUUUUAUCUUUAAUAAGGGACACAGUUUCAACAUCUAAAUCUUGAAUUGCAGCUGGCCUUGUGUAUAUAGAUAUACAAUACCUGUCAGUGUAUAUAAAUGCAUAGAUACUCAAAAGCACACACCUUAAACAAAAUGGUUUACUGGGAAGAGUGAUUAUAGAGUUCUUGAUGCAGGCAAAAGUUGUACAGCUCUCACCUGCUUGAGGAAUGCAAAGCCAGGUCCAGAAUGAGGCUACAUUUGAAAUAAAUGUUUUAAUUUUAGUAGCAAUCUCUUGCUGAAGCUAUGUAGCAGGCUUGCUUGGGAGCCAUAAUUCUCCAUUGAAUUUAUUUUUUUGUCUUUUGCCUCUUGAUACAUGUUUCUGUGACUUACUUUAAAAAAAAAAAAGUGCUAAGGUGAAAUAUCUACAACAGCAUCAUUUCUUCAAUUACAACCUAAAUAAUUUCAUAUCAAAUUACACUGUGGUAGAACUCGAAUGUAGAUUACCUUUUUUCCCCAGGGUUUCAGUCCAGCUAAAAUGGCUAUUUAAACAAGUUGGCUGAUGAAUGGGGGAUAUUACUAUGGGGUGAACAUGUAACAAAACCACAGAUUAACAGCUACCUGUUUCUUGUUAGUUUAUGUUGCUUUGUAUUGUUGUGAAAGCAAAGUAGAAAAUUAGCACACCAUGUUUAGCCAUUUAUAUUCUCUAUUAAUUUCUGCAGUUAACUCAAUAUUAUUUUCAGAUCUUCACUAAAACCUAAUGAAAAGAUAGAACUCCAUUAAGUGUUGAGGUGAUACUAAUAUAAACAAAAUGCUGCAUAUUUUAAGAAUGUCUUGAACUAAGUGACAAGUGUGACUACAAUUUAAAUAAUGACAACUUCAGUUAAAGUUAUAAAAUGAAAUACAGAGUAUUCAAGUAUAAUCGUUUUCAGUUAAGGGGAUCAUUGCUCUGAGUUGUACAUGAGAAUAUUUUUGAUGUGCAUUUCAAAUAUUUUUGUACAUUAUCAAAAUAAUACAAUAAAAAGUGUUCCUUUCAAUACAUUUUUGGAAAAACUUAGGUAAGAAAGAAAUUCUCCUGAUGUUUGGUUUUUUUAUUUAAAAUGAGCUUAGUAGACUGAUAAUAUGCCCCUGAAGUUGGGUGUGUGUGGGCAUAUCUGUGCUUUCAUUUGCUUGCAUCUUGCAGACCUUGAACAGCUAAAAAGCCUGUAUCAAAAAACUUUUGAAUCCUUUUUCUCUCAUAUAAAUGAAUCUGUUCAACACCAGUCAGUAGAUCUCCCAAGAUCCUUGUUAUAUAAGUACUACUUCAUAGAUCAUAAUUUUUUAAGCUAAAAUCUAAGCUUUGUGAUACCUUAAAUAUGGUCAUGUUAAUCCACUUGUAGUAAUACUAUCUUUUAGGAGUUAUGAAUGGAUUUCAUUAGUGGUCACCGUGCCUUGAAAAUAGCAUGAUGAAACGCAUUACUGAAGGAGCUUAAGCAGUGGGUUUUCAUCUGGUGGCUGAAAAAUAAACACUUUGAUAGUCUAGAUAUCUAAUUGUCUGCAUAACCACCACCACCAUGCUUCAGUGGGGUUUCUGUAAUAGAUCAGCAAAGCACAUCUUUGUGCAGGAUGAGGUGUUUGAGGUUUUUUACACUUAUUCCUUUUUCUGAAAGAAAAAGAUGUGAAAGGGAUAAAAUAGAACCAAGUAAAGACUGCUUUUGUUGGGCUGUGUGAACUUUCAUUCUACUGCUGAAUUUGAUAAAGACUUCUAUUGUAAUACAAAAGGAAAGUUUAAGUAGCAGCUCUGGCUCAAAAUACUUGAUUCCUGUUCUGGCUCAGUCUUCCCUUAAGUGCUUAAUAUUUAUCCAUUGUAUGAAAACUCUCAAAGGGGUAUGUGUGUGUUUGUUUAAUUAGCAGAAAGCCCCAAUUCUGUGCGCGUUCUCAAUAGUUUUUAAUUGGUUUUACAAUCUUGGAUGGUGUAACUGUAUUUGAUAUCUCAAGACCUAUAUGUAAGGUGAUAAAAUGGGAUAAGUAAUGGUAUAUUCUAGUUUUUACUGCUGUAGUAGUUUAUCCAAUUCAAACUGCAACUGCUACAUAAAAACUACUAAUUUUAACAUCUUGAUCAUUGUAUACAAAUGUAUACAAAGCUGAAAGUAUAGUUUCAUCCUGAGAGGCAAGAGAUUGUAGUAGGUAAAAAGGAGAAACUUGGUCUUUGCUUAAGCCUACAAUCAAGUGGAUCAGUAUAUUAUUUGGUCUGUAUGUGCCCAAUACUUUGCAGUGUGUCACUAUUUUUCCUAGUUACAGUAAUAUUUCUCAGAUGUCACAUGAGCUGCCCCUUUACUCUGACUAUAACAUGCUCCUCUCAACUGAAGAGCAUUUACAUGUUCAACUUUACAGAUACUUAAUAAAAAACCCACUACAUCUGUACACCUGACCUGUCAGUAUGACCUAAAUGCUAAUGGGCUUUCUUAAAAUGCCCAAUUUAAAUUUCAAUCUGGAUUUUAAAUGUUAACUUGAGCAUUUAAAGAAAUAUGCCACUAAGUGGUCAUGCUACGGAUGCUUACUUCUAAUGCCAGAAAUUGUUAACGUCUACUUGAAAGCACUGUAAAUGGUCACCUUUUUCGGUACGUGAUUAGCACUCCCAUGUGGACAUGAAUGGUACUAACUGUUAAUCAUCCUUCACUGCUGUUUUCUUGGAAAGAUCGCCACAGGUGGCGUAGUAGCAAAAAUAGCUGUGCUAAACAUUGCUAUAAACCCUACUACUGGAUUUGCUGCCUUCCUUAAAAAAAAAAAAAAAAGAGAGAAGGAGACGAAAAAAAGUUUCUUAAAAUACACUACCUUCAUGUAAUAGAGAAAUAAAGCUCAACAACAUAGAACUGGGAAGUCCUAAAAGAGAUGCAAGACCAUUUUCUUAAUUGGAUUAUUGCAAAUCCACCUACCAGGGUCUUAAACCAGAAUUUGUUCAAUCUCUGGCUUUCUCCUAUCAGUAGUAUCUGGCUAGACAGUUUAUCCUAAGUUGUUUGGUACUAACCCAAAUUCUUUUUCUCAUUCCAUUAGAUGGGAUUUACUGUUCUAGAGACAGAUCCAUUAACUUCAGUGCAAGGUGUAGUCUUUCCAUUAACUUCAAGUGAACUUUCCCAUAGCUCUUAGUUUUUAUGUUUGUUUGUGGGGAUUCUUUUUUUUUUUUUUUUUUUUUUUUUUGGCAGUGGGGUUUUUGUUUUUUUGUGGUUUUGGUGGAUUUGUGGUGUUGUUGUUUUUUAAUGCAUAAACCUUGAAUCUUUGGGAUUCAUGGGGUAAUUUUGAAAAUGGGUCAAAGCUGCCAGUUGGACUGGAACCAUUUUGCUUUACUGGCAGAUCUAAUAGUUGUAGAGCUCCAUUGUCAUCUUCAUAUUUUUACAAUGUACAUGUUUUGGACUUACCUAGAACUCUUAUAAAGGCACACAAAAUUAGAGGGAUGCUAUAAGAUUGAACACUUCUGUAUUGAAGUGUUCUAUUCCAGGCAUUGUAAAAUCAAUGUCUUAAAUUCAGUUACUGAGAAUAGGGAUCUUAAAAGUAAAUACUCCUAUUAGGCAUCAUUCAAAUGAGUGUUGCUGCUUAAGUGCACAUGAGAAAAAUAUCUUAGCAUGCCAUUAAAAUAACUUUGCUUAUAAGUAAGCCUUCAUGUGCCACUUUAUGAUGCUUCUUAGAAUCCAGAGAGAAGUGCUGUUAAACAGAAUAGAGACAAAGGCAUUUGUUGUAGUAUUUAUAAGGAAAAGGAAGGAAAAUGAAAACACUGAAGUAGAUGGCGAUCAUAUAUUGCUUUUUGCAUGAAAAUGAGUUAACUUCUAAGAAGUGUAGAUUUAAAUUGUGUAAUAGUUCUGCAAAAAAUCCCCUAGACCUAUAAGGAAGCAUCAGUAUUAAGCACAUCAUUCUAUGGUACAGCUGUGUAUCUCUGCUGGCUCUCAUCCAAACUUACAAUAUAAAAACAAAACCCAACUCAGUGAGAGAUGCUUGGAGAUUAAAGUACUUAAAUAUUAUUAGCAGUUUUUUAUAAGUUGUUCCUGCAAGCUGUCACUAAUAGUUUCUAAAACAAGAACAAAGAGCUGCAAUUCUUAAAACAUACUGAAGCUUUUUUCUAGUUAGCUUCAGUUUCCAUGGAUUUAACCAUAUGAUUAAAUCUUAUUAACCUAGAAAGCAGCACAUAAGAAUGUCAGGCUAGAUACAGGUAGCUCAUGUAUUGCAGAGAAACUUUUCAGUUCUGAACUCAUCUUUCCUAACUAAACACUCAAUGCCUGAAUGAUGUUUAAAAAGGAAGUAACAAUACUGUGCAGUUUCUAAUGUGUGUAUGAAAUACUGGUGUUGAAGAUUCCUUCUUUCUACUGUAAAUCAGUGAUUAAAAAUCCACAAAGGUUUGACUUUUUCUCAGUGAAUUUUUUUUAAUUGCAAAGGACUUAGAGUUGAGCAAAUAACUAGCUGUUUGUUUUCUGUGACUCUUGGCUGUGUACUAACCUUUAAGAUGCAAACUAGGUAGGAGGAAAGGGCAGACCACUUCUUACUGAGAGGAGCAAUGUGUGACUUUUUGAAUUAAAAUUAUAUUGGCUGCAUGUUACAUGCAGUCUCACCUGUACUACAGUUGAAAAAAGAUGCUAUGUUAUGCUAUUAUAGUUAGUGUUGGCACUUUUUGAAAUGGUUCUGUAGCGGUUGAUCCAGUCCUUCUGCUGGAUGAGGAGUGAGUGCUUUUGUCUUUAUUUGCUGUCUGUAUGGUUAAACAUAACUGGUUUUAGUUCUGGUAAAUGUCAAUGGAAAAAUUGCAGAUCUCGGAUACAGUAUCUAAGGUGUUUCAAAGUGUCUGUGCAUGGGUUUCUUCUAGGAGAAAUACUCUUCUUUCAAGCUGUGCCUUAAUAAUAAUGUCAGCUCUUGAGUUUUCUCUCAGCAUAAUAUGGUCUUAAGGAGGUUAGCAUUUCUGACACUGCAAAGAAUUACUACAGAAGAAUCUCCUUUGUGCCAAUUGAGAUCAAUUUUCACAAAGUAUCUUUGCUGAAAUAUGUUUGGAGAUUACUUUUGGUGGGGUUUUUUUGUUUGUUUGUUUUUAAUUAAGAGAAAAAGUCUUCAGAAAUUAGUCUGAAAUAAAAGCAUCUCGAGCAGUUGGGGCCAGACACCAUGCAGGCACAUGGGUGUGGAAAGGGGUUUCUCUGGCAUAAGCAAUAUUGGAUUCAGUACACAGCAGCUUCCCUAGGAAGGCAAACAAAGUUGUACUUGUACUGUACAGGUGGCUGUGAGCCAUCUUUACCUGUCCUUUUGAUCUUCUUUUGGACUGGCAGUGCAGUACUAAAGUUGGUAAUAGCUAAAAAAUGAAGGUCAAUUACAAAUCAAAACUAUAAAUGGGGCUGAAAAUCUCUGUAAAACCAGAGAGCUGCAUUCCAAUUCAACAGAACAUACAAUUGGGUGUUACUUCAGGUAUGUGUCACAUUUAAGAUGAGUGGGACUGUUUGCUUUCUAAAUUAUUUUUUUCUCAUUAAAAAUGGCAGGUGUUCUGAGAAUACCAAGAGGAAAUUUAUUUCCCUGCUUACUUUUACCCCUACCAUUGAAGGGUUUGUGUAUGAACCUUAAAAAUUUUUCCGGAACUUCAACCCCUCUUACAUUCUGUAACUUAGCAGUGCUUUGUUACUUCUGUAAAAACUGGGUUUGCAUUCCACUUUUUUCAGUUUGUUGCCACUCAAAAUGCUGCUUAUGCUGAAGCCUGUGCUGCUUUAGACUCCUGUCUAACUACAUCUGCUUCUAUUGUCUUUUAAAUGGCUCAAUACAGAAGAGUAGGGUUUAAAUUGGAGAAGACUUCAUAAUUAACCCUAAAGCCAAAAGGCAUUCUUGUCAGAUGCAUCUUUCCACAAUUAGUACGUGAAAAUAAUUUCAAGUUUCAAAACCUAACAUACUAGGACAUACUUCUUUUCCCUCAGGAAUCAAUUCUUGAUUCUUAAAUGUUUGGCACAUUUAUUUGUGUCUAUUUUUGUGAUUCAGGAGAGCAUGUGUGAGAUGUGAAAAAGGUUCUGGUAGCUUUUGAGGUCAGGGUUAUACCAAGGAAACUGAAAGUGAAAGCAGAAAUAAUGGUUUGAUGGCUGUGGUUCUCAUGCUUUUCAUGUGACUUUGAAAACUCUCAAGACUUCCCUAAAAAAAGUACAGGACCUCACUUUGGCUGCAGCUUUUCUUGCAUGACUUCUCCUAGGUUGGAUCCUGUGUAUCCAUAGCUCUGUAUGUCAAUUGGAGCUGGAGUUUUUCCAACCUUGGAAAAACUAGGCAAGAAGAGAACUAGGCUGCUGAGGAAUCCUACAUGGUAAUAUAAGAACGCUGUAAUACGUGCAUGAUAAGGAGCUGAUAAAAUGGCAUUGUUCUGUAGCUUUAGGGUCCAAUUCUGCAAUUGGAGAAGACUACUACAAUAACAAAUUGAGAAAUCUUUGGUGCUGUAGUUUCUACUGAUCUUUGCAAACUGGGUGUCAUUUUCAUAUAAAUUCUUCACAAUUAGCAAGAGUUGUCUUUUAUGUUGUAAAACUUUCAGGAUAACACUUUAUAGCUGAUACUUUGUUAAGUAACUGAGUGUUAUGGUUUGCUAUAUAUGUACAAAAGAUACUAGAGCUAGCGUUGUGAUUUGUGCUGCAAUCUGUUCACUGUGUUAAAAAAAACCCAAACCAAAGCCAACUAUUGCACUAGCUGUACUUUUAAAAAGCAAUAACAGGAGCAUCUUGUAGCUUUUCUCUCCAGAGGUGCUGUCUGUCAUGAACAUUUCACUGCCAACUGUGAAUUUGGUAAAAAACAUGUUAAAGAAAUUUUCCUAUGUGGUUUACUUGGCACAUUCAAGUUGAAAUUUUUUAUGGUCAGCCUGUGUACUAAUGAAUACAGCUGGACUAUUUAGAUAACCACCCACGUCUUUAAAAAUCAAAAACCUUAUAUCCAUUUGUGGUGCUAAUAAUUUCAAACAUUAUAAAGAGCUGGUAUUCUCUCAUUUCACAUAAACACUAAGGAAAGCUGUUGUGACACCUUUUCAAUAAAACAGAAUUUCGCUACAUUUUAAGCCUGUUCCAAAUGCUUUUUAUAUAAAUACAACACUUUUCUAUUUCUGUUUCAUAUAAAAACUGGAAAAAAUUUAGUAUUUUAGUACAGGAAGACAUUAGGAGUGUAUAUUGUUCUAAAUUACAUGUCCAAUUCUAAAUUUUCCUGCAUUUUAGGAUAGCUAAUCUUCUGAAACUCAGUCCAAAAUAUAAGAAUUGUACUUGGCAGGAUUAAGGGACAGGCUACUAGUUUAAAGAAAAUCAUUCUCUGGCUUCAUCAUCACUGUUGAAGCCUUGGAGGCAGAGGGAGAGGAUGUGGAAUGAACAAAGCUGUAUUAGGAGGACACUGAUUAUGCAGUAUAGAUGUGUAUUUUGCUGAAACAUUAAAAGCUCAAACAACUUGUGAUGGACAUGACCAUGUAACUAUCUAAAGAACAGAAGUGAAACAAAAUUGUCAAGGCAGUUCACAGCAGGACAUCAUAAAAACACGUGAAAGAACCUUAAACUAGAUUGUUUAGAUUGUGAAACAAAGAAAUUUUCUGGCUUUGUUUGAAAGCUUCAUAAGCAAGUUUUUCUCAAGAUGAAAAACUAUCUUGUGCCUUCUGUUGCAGAAGCUAUUGUUGCCUUUCCCCCUGUCUUUGGUUGUGAUUUUAUUGUAUAUAAUGGACAGCGCGCUUCCUCUUUCUGAGAGGAAUUUUUGGGCAGCAGUACCUACAUACCUACACUUUCUGUCCACAGAGAAUAUCGAGCCUUUAGUUCCUAUUAAAGGCCCCUUACUUGUGAACUUACAGUUGUGAAAUUAUCUGCCUGUGACAGGUAUGGUAAGCCUGCUAUAGUCAGCUCUUAAAUGAGCAUAAUGAUGUUAAUUCAUCCAGACAUGUGAGUGUGCAGAGCAGGUGCCAUGUCCAGGUGCACUGGUGGCACUGCAUCACACUGCUCUGAAGUGGUUGUACCUUAAAUUGCUAUCCUUUAUAUACUGCAAUAAAUUCUCUUAAAUCACUUCCACCUAGUACUUCAAGAAGUAAAUGGGUCUCUAAGAUCUAUUUGAUGAAACUUCUAUGUCAGUGCAAAGAAUAUUCCACGUUUAGAGUAACUUAAAGCAGAAACAAACUCGCCAUCUAGGAUAAAAGCAGGGCUGGGUGGGGUUUUUGUUGUGUGAAGGUGGAUAGUCUAGUAACAAUAGUCUGGAUUGUCUUCCCGCUUGUCUCAGUGCCUGCUUUAAUAGUAGGACACUUGAAAAAGCCAAAGAUUGAACAAAGUCAUCUGUAAUAGUCCUAAGCCACAUUGAAAUAUAGUUUCCCUAUCUUAAUUACUAGAUGCUUCAGAGAAAAUGGACUGUAUUUUCUUAAUUUACAAAAAAAUUGCAAUACCUACAGAAAUAUUAAGAGGCAAAUGCCUGCAUGUUUCAAUGCCUUGCAAAACCAAAACAUUUGCAAGCAUGUGUCAUGCACUUGACCAAAAGUGGGGUUUUUUUUAGCUUUACCUUUUUUUUAGCUUUUUUUUACACCUUUAGUGUUACAGAAACAUGUUUCAGUGCACUAGUGUAACUCAGAACUUUCAAAUAUUUUCAAUGUGCUUUUGACCAGGAGAGUGUUUUUAAUGAAUAAAGUGCCUGUGGAAAUAAAAAUCCAAAAGUUGCCUGCAAACUCAAAUAAAGCAUAUAAAACAACAGCCCAUCAUACUUGAAGAGAAUGGGUGCUAAUUCAGCAGCUGCAGAGAACAGCUGGUCAACAGUCCUAAGCAUUGGUAGGAUUCAAAGAUUAAGUUUGAGAGAAGAAUAUUAUGUUGCUUUUGAGAGUUUACUGUGUUAAUUAAACUUCCAAUGCUUCUGCUUGGGCCUUAACUCUGUAACUUGAUUAUCUUUAAAGAAAAAUUAGUUCCCUUGAACUAUUCUAUUUUUAAUUCUUGUUUUCAUGAUGGUCUUUACUCUUGUGGGGAUAUUUGUUUGCUUGUUACAUGGAGCUAUUUUUUGACCUGUUAAAAAUGGAGUCAUCAAAUGCUUUGAUUCCUCAAUUAGAGGUAAAAGAGUUUGAAGAAUGGUUUUUCCUUAAGUGCAGCCUUAAAGGGGUUGUGAUUUUUUUUAUACUGAUGCCAGAACUGAAGAGGAAGGAUUUCCAUGGAAAGUACUAUAGUGCUAAAACUUGUACAUAUAGUUAUUUGGGGUGUACAGAAUAUAAGUAAAGUACUUGGAUAUGUUUUGCUGUUAAUUUCAUGCUUUAAAAAGAGGCUAUUUGGUUCUAAUUUAAAUUUGAGAAACUGAUUUUAAUGUUGCCACAAUUAUUUUAACUUGAAACAUCCACUUAUGUACUGGUAUGUUAGAGCAAAAGUUACAUUUUAUCACCUAAAAUUUUGAAAUUAAUCUCAUUUUUAUCAAAAUUAAUGUGCAGUUUAAUCUCUGGACACCCUAGAAUUGGCCAUAUGCCACUGAAACCAAACUUUCAAUUGCAUACAUAAGGAAGGAAGGCAUUUUUUAAAUCAAGUUCUGCUUCUUGACUAGACUGAGAAGGAAGUGAGGCUAGAUUGCUCUUGUACAAAGAAAACAGGCAAAACCAGUAAUUUGUUUCAGCUGUGCUAAAUACCUUAGCUUCUUUUUUUUUUGCACUACAGAACUUAAACUUUUCUGGAGACUCAGAUUUAAAAUAUCUUUAGUUCAGCUAAAUUUUCACCUGUUUUUACAUAUUUUUUCUAAUAGAUGCAUUUUAUUGGUAUACAUUGUAAUUAGCCACUGAAUUUCUGCCAAAUAUGGACAAAAUAAAAGCUGCAUUCUGUUCUGCCAGUUUAAAUCUGCUCUUAGUUUUUCUGUUUUGUCUAAUCCAUGGCUGGUAAAAUGUCCACUUGCUGUUUAGAUGAAAGAGAAAGUUGCCUUAAUUGCUCAGAGGAAAACUGACCUUGACCAUUUAAAGCUUUAUGUAUUUCUGAAAUUGCUGUAACUUCUGUAUAAUUGCAAUAAAACCAUAAAAGCUUUUUAAUACAUUUCAGCCACUAUUUUAAGAGCCACUUGUUGCUAUCUUUACUGAAUGUUCAACUGUUUAAAAUAUAGUUUAAGAACACCCUUUUUAAUGGAUAAGCACCAUUUUGUGCAUUUUUUAUUUUUAGGGGGUCACUUUAAAGAAGGAGCACUAUGGGCAAAACAUGAUCACUUUUCUCUGUUAGUGAGGGGAUAUCAAGAGCACUUACUGUAAUAUAUGAUGUGCGAUAAUUCAUGUUCAUACAAUGUAAAUGUGAAAUCAUUCAUGUUCAUGUAAUAUAAUGUGAAAUAGCUUGCAUUUGUUAUCAAUGGUGUAAAAUCAGUCGCGUUUUAGAAGGAAUACGGUAACAGUCGCUCGGACUUAGAAUUAAAGAAAAAUGAUCAGGAAUUGUAAACGCCCUUGCCCAAAACUCAGGCAAGGACCACAAUUUGCAACAAAAAAGAGAGUGACUCUGAGAAGAGAUAAGCCCACUCCAGAGGUGGACUCGACAACGACGCAAGGAUUAUCGCUUGAUAUGGAUCUAGCCUCCAUCAUCCGGGGUGUGCAUCCCAAUACGAGAUUCCCAGAAAUCGAAUCAAGUAUUCAUCUCUACUCGGAAAUCCAUUCAGCCGUCCCUGCAGUGAGGACAGAAUUACAUGAAUAUGGAAAAGAAAUUGGAAAGACAAAGAAGUAUGAGGCAAUGCCCUGUCCAACCAAAGAAACUGUAUAUAAACUGACCCUGCAGAGACUGAAAUUGUGAACAGGGGAGCUCCAGUGCGAUAGAAGGCGAAGCUAAGUUCACCCAGUGCCGACCCGGGGCUUGAAACUGAUUUUGUUUGUAGCUUUUCCAAAUUCUAUUUUGUAAAUUAUUUAAUAAAUUUCUUUUUAUUAAUUUAA